AUUUUGUCGUUACUAGAAAAACCUUUUGAAGUUUCGAGUAUUAUGGGAAACGUUUAUGUAAAUUUGGUGGUGUACAAUAAAUGAUCUCGAAACUUGUUCCCAAAAGAAACCACAAAUUAAUUUGGUAUUUGCCUGAAAGCUUUACCAGACAACUUAAUCAUGUCAAUACGUUUUAAUUUAAAUUACACGUUUCAUUAUUUCUAUAUAGUCAUAACAAUUAUUUUAAAGAUAAAGCUUUAAUUUGAGCACUUUGUUUUAAACCUUAUUUACUAUUCAUUUAGAGGUCAUAUUCUUUUUGCUUAUUUAAUUAGACAAAUGAAACAAAAGUAGUUCAAUAGAUUCUAAUGUUGUAUCAACAUGUCAAAGGACAUUUUGGCGGAAACACGAGGAGCAAAGGUGUCUCAGUUGUUUUAUUUUGUUAAUUUAGUGUUUCUUCAAGUUUAAAUGUGUAAUAAAGAUGGUUUAUUAACUGCUUAGUAUCUAGGAAAGUCCAAAAUGUCAGAAAAUUAAACAGAGCCACUGAACGUAGCUUCCUUGGUUCUUCUAAAAAGUUUUAGUGAAACCAUCAUUUUACUGAGAGUAUCUCAUCCCAUAUCAUCUCAUUUCGUUUAAUUUCUUUUGUUCUUAGUUGAGUUAAUGAUAAAUGUCUUAAAUUAAUCAACUUCAUUCCAUUUCACUCUAUGUAAUUUUCCAUAAAAUAGAAAAUACGAAAGAUGUAUGGUGUGAUACUUUCGCCUUUCUAGUUGGAAAAUAGACUUUAAUGAUUUGUACUGGUGUCUGCUACUGUCAAAGUGUCAACAUUAGUAUUAAUUUAUUGGUUUUCUUUCUUGAUCAAAACCAGUGAAAGAUAUGUGCAUAUCGUUAUAAAGUUAGAUUAAUAAAAAGAAAAUACGAUAAUAAGUUAAUUGUAUAUAAAUAUUUUCUUGAAUAUUAUUAAUGAAAAUAUAUUAUUGACUGUACUUGAUUCAAUUAAUAGUACUUACAGCCCUUGUUAGUAAUAACCAUAAAAUGAGUGAAGUAUCAAUUGAAACCGGAGCCUACGCUAAAAUAAUAUUGCACGCCGCUAAGUAUCCACACUGUGCUGUGAAUGGUGUGCUUCUUGCUGAUGCCGGAAAGACUAAGGAAGGUGGCAGGAACCAAAGUUUAGAUAUCGUUGAUGCUAUACCACUAUUCCACCACAGCCAUUACGUCUCACCAAUGGCCGAAGUAGCACUCACACAGAUUGAAACCAUAGCUCAAUCAGAAAACUGUGUGAUAGCUGGUUACUAUGCAGCCUGCGAGAACUUCCGUGAUAAUAUUGUUGAAAGAUGUCCAGGGUUGAAGAUAGCUGAAAAGAUUGUUGAGUAUUUCCCUUCUGCUGUGUUCAUUGUGGUGGAUAACAAAAAAAUGGUUCAACAUUUAGAUUCACCAGCAAUUAAAGUUCAUAAAUAUUCAGAUGGCAAAUGGAGACCAAGGGAAUCUUUAAUUGUUUUCCAAUCACCAUACGUCCUCGAGACUGUCUCGCAUCUUCUUCAAAAAGGUGUAGAGCGUGAUCUUGUGGACUUUGAUAAUUACCUCGAUGAUCAGAGCCAGGAUUGGACCAAUCAGGGCAUAGAGAAACUAGUGGCGAGCAUUAACGCUUCUACCCUCGAUGAUGAUGAUGAGAAGGAAAUACGAUAGUUAAAGUGUCAAUGUACAUGUAUUAGAAGUAUCUUAUGGGUUAUAGGCAAUUUAGUAUCAAUUAUAUCCUUUCUAUGUAUGUAAUAAAAAUCAGACUAUUUAUCUAUGCAAUUGUGCAUUGAUAUCGCUCAAUGACUGAAUCGAUUUAAAUAUGGUAUCAGUGAUGUGCUGUACUCUUGUUAGUAUAUUUCAUUUAUAUGUUAAUAAAAAAAAAAGAACCAAAUGUAACAUUCAUUACCAUAAGAAUGGGUACAUAAUACACAUUUUGUGGGUAUGAAAUUAGGGCCCUGCCUGUUCAUAAUAAUUAAUUAAGCAUCAUGAUUAUCAUUCCUGAUUGAAGUACUCCUAUUUCAUGAUUUAAUGUUGUAUUUACUUUGCCAAUGGCAUGUUGAUUUUUGAAAGACUAUAUUGAAACAGAGGAUUAUGAGGAGACAAAUCGUUUAUUCCUUCUGCGUCCCUGUACUGUCUUAUAUGUACCAUCUACAAAGCAAGACCUACAUAUGUAUAUACACAUAUAUAAGUCGUGCUUGUCAAACAAAUUAGUUACCAAUAAAAAAAAGUUACGUUGUAUGCACUGUAUUAGUACAUCUAUUACAAGCAAAUAAAAAAACAAUCCACAUCUUAUUAAAGCUAAUCUAAUUAUUGAAAAACAACUAUGAUUCGUAUCAUAUUAAAUUAUUGUAUAACAUUAAAACAAAAUACUAUGUUAACUUAUUAAAAUAAUCCUCGACUA